UGUCAGCGGGGGGGCACGAGGAGAAGGCGGACGGACGGACGGACGGAAGGAGGGAGCUGCUGAGUAGUUUCCCAGUCGCCAUGACAACCUGACACCCAGCCAUCUCGACCGCUGUCUUUGUGAUCUAAUUCCACCAUCCGGAUCGGGAAGCGCAAGGAGAAGCAGGACCUGCCUGGUCUCCUUCGGCGGGAUGACCGCCCAUCGGAGGACGGGGAGGCGCGGGGACGCCAUGGGACUAAGGCCAACGUCUAUGUGUGUUUGAGUGUGUGCGUGUUGCCUGGAAACCGCCAGCAUGCCUGUACACCAGAUUACGGUGGUCCCAGCCAGGGAGAACGGCAAGAGCGCCUCUCGGCCCAAAGACAGGAAUGAGGGCUCCCAGGCCAAGACCCCUGGUCGCUCAGGCAGUCGAUCCAGCAACAUCUCCAAGGCGAGCAACUCGACAGCGGGACAAACCAGCAAGACGUCCGUCACCCCGUCUUCUCAGGAUAUUUGCCGUGUUGUCCAGUUGAGCCGUGUUGAGGAGGAUGUGUCCGAAUUGCCCACCCCCAUUGACAACAAGACCUCGCGACGAGCUCCCAUGACGGUUCCUAGCGCCGCCCGGGGCCCCUCAGCCCCGGCCCCUAAGAAGCAGGUGAAGCGCCGCCAUCGCCGGAAGAGGAACAGCUUCGACCCAUUGGAGGCCAAAUACCCGCACCGCGACGAGACUCGGUCGGAGGACCCCUCACGGGCUCCCCCGGCGCGCUUCCGCUGUCUGGACUCCACCUCGGAGGACGAGAAGCCGGUGAGCCGCAGCUGGUCUAAGGAGAAAUCCAGACGGGCUCGACACCGCAGCCGGAGCAAGAGCGGCGAGGACGUGACGGAGGUGAUGGAGUUGCAAUCUCUGGGCUCCGACGAGAUGAAGGACGACCGACCCCUGGUGGUGGACGACGGCGUGAAAAAUCCACGCGGCCUCAGUAGCAGCGGGAACAGCUCUCUGAGGGAAAGCUUGCCCAGUAUGGACAAGGAGCCCAGUGCGCCCGACAGCUCGUCGGAAGACGACGAGGAGCUGAUCACUAAAAAGUAUCAGGAGAAGGGGGUGGGGCACGGGGACAUGUCAGCGCCCACUCCUCAGAAACGCUGCGGCGCGAACGGCGCCCCGCCGCAUCACGUCUGCUCCGAUGACUCCGAGUUGGAGGUGUGCAGGAUCUGCCAUUGCGAGGGCGACGAGGAGUGCCCACUCAUCAUGCCCUGCCACUGCACGGGCAGCCUCAGCUUCGUGCACCAAGCGUGUCUCUACCAGUGGAUCAAGUCGUCGGACACCCGCUGCUGCGAGCUCUGCAAGUUUGACUUCAUCAUGGAGACCAAACUCAAACCUCUGUGCAAGUGGGAGAAGUUACACAUGACCAAGAGUGAGAGAAGGAAGAUCUACUGCUCCGUGUUGUUCCACCUCAUAGCCAUAGUCUGCAUGCUGUGGUCCGUCUACAUCCUGAUCAAGAGAACCACCGAGGAGAUCAAACUGGGCAAGAACGGCGUGCUGGAGUGGCCCUUCUGGACCAAACUGAUCGUGGUGGCCAUCGGUUUCACGGGGGGCCUCAUCUUCAUGUACAUCCAGUGCAAGGUCUAUCUGCAGCUGUGGCGCCGCCUCAAGGCCUUCAACCGCAUCAUCACUGUGCAAAACUGCCCCGAUAAGAACCGGCUCGACAUCGGGAAGCCGCAGGCGGUCGCCGAGGGGACCGCGGUGCCGCCGGACUCGGACGGGCAUAAUCCCGUUUGAAGGUGAAAGCCAGCAGGCAGCGGACGGUGACCACGAAGAGUGAUGAUGAGGUCUCGACUCCAGAAAUGGACUGUCGUAUUUUUUUACGUUCCCUUUAUGCACUUUGUCAAACUGCACUAAAGCCCCUUGGUACAUUCCCUUGAGCUAACGGGUGGGCAAAGUACAGCCCGCAGGUUACAUGCAGCUUGGAAAUGUUUAAAUAAUUCUUUUGUUGAAAUGAACUAACAUAGUUGACAUCCACAUUCAAAGUCUUUUUACAUCAUCAACAAAUGGCCUGUCCUAUCAAUCCAAAAAUGAAUUAAGGGCCUGGAGUGCAACCCGCCAUGAGAAUUAUUUUCCUUUUGCUGAUUGGCUGAGAGAAGUCACAUGGUAUGGUUUCACUUUUGGAAGUGAAUCACUAGAAUAAAGGACAUUUUCUAAAAUAUUGUAAUUUAUUAACACACCCAUGUAAUUACUUGAAAUCAAAUUUGGUUCAGUGAGUUAUUUGUAUUUUUUUGCCACUUUUGCGAUUGAGCAAACAUGAUCAUUUGUGGGAGGUGUGACGUUUUAAAGGUCAGAUUGCAGUCUUUCAUUAUGGCGCUACGUUUAGAAACGACAUGUUAGUCGCUUUGUUUACGUGUUCACGUUUCUACCAGAGACGCCACAAAAAGUUGGGAAACCCUUCACGACACCAUGAAUUUGAUUAGCUAAAAAGACACAUUUAGCUUGUUUGUGCAAUAAACCCAAUGUAGAAAACGUG